AUGAGCUACGACCGCGCCAUCACCGUCUUCUCGCCCGACGGCCACCUCUUCCAAGUGGAGUACGCGCAGGAGGCCGUGAAGAAGGGCUCCACCGCGGUUGGCGUUCGAGGAAAAGACAUUGUUGUUCUUGGUGUGGAAAAGAAGUCGGUGGCCAAACUGCAGGAUGAGAGGACAGUGCGGAAGAUCUGUGCCCUGGACGACAACGUCUGCAUGGCAUUCGCAGGCCUUACCGCCGACGCAAGGAUAGUCAUCAAUAGGGCACGGGUGGAGUGCCAGAGCCACCGGCUGACGGUGGAGGACCCGGUCACCGUGGAGUACAUUACCCGCUACAUCGCCAGCCUGAAGCAGCGCUACACACAGAGCAAUGGGCGCAGGCCGUUCGGCAUCUCAGCCCUCAUUGUGGGUUUCGACUUUGAUGGCACCCCCAGACUCUAUCAGACUGACCCAUCGGGCACAUACCAUGCCUGGAAGGCCAAUGCCAUAGGCCGGGGUGCCAAGUCAGUGCGUGAGUUUCUGGAGAAGAAUUACACUGACGAAGCCAUCGAGACAGACGAUCUGACCAUCAAGCUGGUGAUCAAGGCCCUCCUGGAAGUGGUUCAGUCGGGCGGCAAAAACAUUGAGCUGGCUGUCAUGAGGCGAGACCAGCCCCUCAAGAUUUUAAAUCCUGAAGAAAUUGAGAAAUAUGUGGCUGAGAUUGAAAAAGAAAAAGAAGAAAAUGAAAAGAAGAAACAAAAGAAAGCAUCAUGA